GAUCACUGUGACUGGUGGGACAUGUCGAGGCGAAUGUGGGGCACUUGGUCUAGGAACUGUGUUUUUAUUCUCACUGUGUUGCUAAUAUUUGCAAUGUCUAACUUAGCCAGUUCCGGCAAGAGACUGGUUUCGAUUGAUUUUGAGAUUUUUGGUCGAGUGCAGGGUGUCUGCUUUAGAAUGUACACAGAAGAUGAAGGCCGGAAACUUGGAGUAUCUGGAUGGGUGAAAAAUACUAGGCAGGGCACUGUAACUGGUCAAGUGCAAGGUCCAGAAGAAAAAGUAUAUGCCAUGAAGAACUGGCUCAGCAGAGUGGGGAGUCCGAGCUCUCGCAUCGACCGGGCUGACUUCUCCAAUGAAAAGGAAAUCUCCAAGUUAGACUACAAGGGCUUCUCCACCCGCUACUGAGGACAACCCCUAGAAAACCAUCUUGUGAUCACAGUUCAGCUCAUCUUUACUGUGGCCACAUUUUAAUGCUAAGCUGAGAAGGUGAAUAAAACGUAUGACCUUUACCCAGUGACCGAGUUCCUUACCCAGUAAUCAGAAAAUUGUGUAUUUGUGCCAACUUGAGUGUUAAUCUGUUGGGUCGGUUACUCACGAAAUCUGGAUAUACUUUUUAAUCUCAUAUUUAUGAACUGUGAAAUGUAACAUAGAGAUUAUUUCAAGAUAUAAACUCCAAGGAUUUAUGAUUGUAGCAGUGUAAUUAUAAUAAAGCUGUGGUGACGUUUGAUUUUUCAA